UGGACUGGAAGCCGAAAAACAGCAGACGCCUGUGAACCAAUAGAACCCCGUCAAGCUGAUGCCAACCAAUUCAGCCAAUAGUAACAGAGAAUUCGCUGUGCCUCUAGCCACCACUUAAACAAGACUUAGCACUCCUCGUUUUCAAAGCAUCACCUAGCUGCAGCUUGUGUGCUGCCGUGUUACCAACGUACAGGUGGGUCUGCAUACAUUUCUCAUCAUAGUGUGUAUGCUAACAGCUUACAAAGUACCUGAAGUAUGUCAGCCACCACAACACAAACACAGCUAAGAAAAGCUGAGACAAAAUCAUUACAGGAUGUCAGCGAUACAAAGAAUUACAAGACCGACAAGUCAAACGGCACAAUAGAUGCACAGCUUGAUGAUGACAGAAUGGGCAGGGAGAUGUCUGAUGAUGUCUUUGAUGACAGUUACAAACAAAAGGAAGGUCCUAAACCUCCCAUGAAAAUCGUGUGGCGGAAUGUUAUCUCUAUGUUUUCAAUACAUGUAGGAGCAGUAUAUGGGUUCACUAUUAUCCCAUCAGCAGAGCGAUUUACUUGGCUUUGGGCAAUUCUCUGUUUCAUUGCGAGUGCUCUUGGGGUGACAGCAGGUGCACAUCGACUUUGGAGUCAUCGGUCCUACAAGGCCUCAUUUCCCCUUCGGUUCAUUUUGGCAGUUUUCAACACUAUGGCUUUCCAGAAUGAUAUCUAUGAGUGGGCACGAGACCACAGAGUCCACCAUAAGUACUCAGAGACAGACGCAGAUCCUCACAAUGCAAGUCGUGGGUUUUUCUUCUCCCAUAUUGGCUGGCUGCUAGUGCGGAAGCACCCUGAUGUCAUCGCAAAGGGCAAGCUGCUGAACCUAAGUGACCUGAAAGCUGAUAAAAUCGUCAUGUUUCAGAGACGGUUCUACAAACCCCUGGUGAUUCUGAUGUGCUUUGUGAUGCCCACCUUUGUUCCCUGGUACUUCUGGAAUGAAACAUUGCAACAUUCGUUUUUCAUCGCAGCUAUACUGCGUUACGUCAUGGUACUUAAUGCUACCUGGCUAGUGAAUAGUGCAGCACACAUGUUUGGGAACCGUCCCUAUGACAAAUAUAUAAAUCCAAGAGAAAACCAUUUUGUGACUACCUGGGCCAUAGGAGAGGGUUUCCAUAAUUUCCAUCACACAUUUCCCUACGAUUACUCCACAAGUGAGUUUGGCUGGAGACAUAAUUUGACAACUGGCUUCAUUGACCUUAUGUGUAUCCUGAGAUUGGCCAACAACCCCAAGAAAGUUUCAAAGGAGGUUGUCCUCGCACGCAGAAUGCGCACCGGAGAUGGUAGUGAUAAGAGUGGCUGAACACACUUUCUGAUAACGUACUUUUUGUAUGUGUGUAAUAUGAAGCUGACUGUUGAAAACUAGACAGUGCCACUGAGAAUAUUGUAAAAAAUGAAAUUUCUCCAGUGUUUUUCAACUGUGCCCAGAACUCAUAUUAAAACCAGUACAGUCAUUCCAGCUGCAAUUUGUUGUAGCCAUUUGUGUAACACAUUAAUGAUUGUUUGUUGCCUGAGGUGUGAGGACCCAAAUAAUCUGAAAUAGUAGUUGCACUUUUUUUUCCUCUGUUACCUGCCACUCUGCUUUUUGUGUGUUGUGCCUCAGGUGUUGUAGCACUUAUGUGUUAACAUGUCAAAAAUAAUAGUAAUAUGUGCAGGCUAGAACAAUUCAAAAUAGUUUUCAAAAUGUCAACGCUUAGAACAAGUAGGCCGAACUGACCCUCGAAACAAAGGAAAGAAAACCUCAAAAUGAAUAAGAGAAGAAGAGGAAUAAGUAAAAGGUAAUAUAUAUAGGGAGUUGCAUCCUUCCCUUUUAAAUAUUCUCCUUCUUAUACUGCCAUAAAGAAAACCAAGGCAGAAGGUUAGGGGUGCCUGGAUAUGGUUUGUGGUGUGGAUGUUGGACUGGGCAGCAAUUCAGAAACAACUUUACCAGUAAUUAUGGAUCCAGUCAGGACAUUAUAUGAGAAGACAGACUCUCACAUUCCAUUCUUGUAGGCCAUUGCUCACUAAAUUUGGAAAAUCUUUGAGGGUCUUUGAAUUGUAAGCUACUCUUCUCUUCACAAAUAAAAAGUUCCAUGUAAUACAAUCUUUCCCUCAUAAACUGCAUUUUUUUUCAUCUGAGUCGAGAUGAUUGAAAAUUGUAAGCCCAGUAUGUUGUGCAUCCAGAAGUUUUUUCACAGGGCUGUGCAGUUAUGUGCACACUGCACACAUUUUUAUGUAAUGUAAUGCUUAUUGUGCUUUAAAGGGCCGACCACUUUUUUAGCGGUGUCUUCGUGAAAUAAAUUGUAUAGGUGCCUUUCUGUCCUUCGGGUCAUCAGAAUACAGUGAGGUUAUUACAUUAGGAAUGGCUCUUUGGUUGUUAAAAUUUAAUUAAAAAUCACUUGUUUUCCUACUUAACAGCAUUCAUUUUACUCUGGAUAAGAGUGUCUUUUCUUUCAAGUGAUACAUUCACUUGUCCAAAUUAAAAGCAUUUAUUUUC